CCCCAGAAAUACAGUGCUGUAAAGUGUUGCGCACGCUUGCGGUGACAGUUGGAAGCGCAGCCAACUUUGCUCACUUCUUUCUUUCCAAAACUCUGAAGAUGUCCAAUAUCAAGCGGAAGAAGACCAGAAAGCUGCGUGGUCACGUCAGUCACGGUCACGGCCGUAUUGGCAAGCACCGCAAGCAUCCUGGAGGUCGUGGUAAUGCUGGUGGCAUGCAUCAUCAUCGCAUCAAUUUCGAUAAAUACCAUCCCGGCUACUUUGGCAAGGUUGGCAUGAGGAAUUUCCAUUUGCGUCGCCAGCACAAAUUCCGCCCAGAAAUCAAUUUGGAUAAACUUUGGUCGCUGGUCGGAGCCGAGAAGUUCGCUGAACUCGAAAAGGAGAAGAGCACCAAGGCGCCAGUUAUCGAUCUGGUUCAAUUUGGUUACUACAAGCUUUUGGGUCGCGGACACUUGCCCGCUCGUCCCAUCAUCGUCAAGGCGAAAUACUUCUCCAAGAAGGCUGAGGACAAAAUCAAGAAGGCUGGUGGUGUCUGCUUGCUGACCGCCUAAGUAUAAGAUAUUCCUCCCUUCUGAAUGCAACUGAAGCUAAUACGUUCGACCAUCAAAAAUGUAUUUGUUUUUUAAUAAAUUUAAAAAGAAAAACAA